CUCCCUUCCCCCAGAGUAGCCGGAGGAGGCCGGAGCGGGCAGGCGGGCAGGCGCGGUGCUACUGCUGGGUCUCUGGGUUGUCUCGGCCCAGCCGCGCCGCAGCUGCCGAGAGAAGAUUCCCCUCCUUGGGGUGUGAAGCAGCCAUGAGCGGCGGGGAGGUGGUCUGCUCGGGCUGGCUCCGAAAGUCGCCGCCGGAGAAGAAGUUGAAACGCUACGCAUGGAAGAGGAGAUGGUUUGUGCUUCGCAGUGGUCGACUGACAGGUGAUCCUGAUGUACUGGAAUACUACAAAAAUGACCAUGCAAAGAAACCAAUUCGAAUCAUUGACUUAAACUUAUGUCAACAAGUGGAUGCUGGGUUGACGUUUAACAAAAAAGAAUUUGAAAACAGCUAUAUAUUUGACAUCAACACAAUAGACAGAGUUUUCUACUUGGUUGCUGACAGUGAAGAGGAGAUGAAUAAGUGGGUUCGAUGUAUCUGUGACAUAUGUGGGUUCAACCCUACUGAAGAUGAUGCUGUGAAGCCACCUGGCAGUUCUCUACAGGCCCCCACCGAAUUACCCUUACCUGUCAACACUUCCCUGCCAUCUGCACAAGCAGAAUCAUCUUUACCUCCUCCAUACCAGCUAAUUAAUAUUCCACCAUUAGAGCCUGUCUCCAGUCAAGAAGAUCCUCAAGACUACCUGUUGCUAAUUAAUUGUCAGAGCAAGAAGCCUGAAUCAGCAAGAUUUCAGGCUGAUUCAGCAAAAACUGCCUCUUCUGAAACAGACUGCAAUGAUAAUGUGCCUUCUCAUAAAACAUCUGUGCAAUCCCUGAACAAGCAUGUUGUGAAUGGAUUUUUUCAACAGCAGAGUGUGUAUGACUCUCCACCACCAAGAGCUGCCUCAGUGUCAGUAGAUGGCAGUCUUUAUAACCUGCCAAGGAGUUAUUCACAGGAUGUUUUACCAAAAGCAUCUCCUUCUGGGACAGAUGCAGAUGGAGAGCAACACGUUUUCAGUGCCCUGUCUACCACAUCUUCUCUUGAUGCACAGAUGAGGCAUUUCUCCAUUAGUUAUGACAUUCCCCCAACACCUGGAAAUACUUACCAGAUUCCACGAACUUUUCCAGAAGGAUCAUUGGCUCAAAGUUCAAAGCUAGAGAGUAUUCCAGAUAUUCCUCCACCUCGGCCACCAAAACCUCAUCAUCCUUCCGACCGCUCUCCUGUGGAGGUGUGUAGCAUCUCCCGUACUGCCUCAGACACCGACAGCAGCUAUUGCAUCCCUACAGGAGGCAUGCUUCCAUCACGUAGCAACACUAUUUCCACUGUGGAUUUAAACAUAUUUCGUAAAGACAUUGGUUCUCAAGACUGCUAUUUUACUCCACGAACAUUUCCAAAUGACAGAUCAAGCUCACUGGAAGGCUUUCAUAACCACUUUAAAACUGUGACUGUGGGAAGUGUUUCAAGUGAAGAACUGGAUGAAAAUUAUGUCCCCAUGAACCCAAACUCCCCCCCUCGGCAGCAUUCUAGUAGUUUUACUGAACCCAUCCAAGAAAUGAACUAUAUGCCCAUGACCCCAAGCACCUUUGACUUUUCACUGUUUGGAAUGCAAGUGCCUCCACCAGCACACAUGGGGUUUAGGUCCAGUCCAAAGACCCCUCCUAGAAGACCAGUCCCUGUUGCAGAAUGUGAACCUCCACCAGUGGAUAGGAACCUCAAGCCAGACAGGAAAGGUCAGAGCCCUAAAAUUUUAAGACCUAAACCACAUGGUUUAGAGCGAACAGAUUCACAAACCAUAGGUGACUUUACUACAAGAAGAAAGGUGAAACCAGCACCUCUGGAAAUAAAACCUCUACCUGAAUGGGAAGAAUUGCCAGCUCCUGUAAGAUCUCCCAUCACUAGGACUUUUACACGAGAUUCCUCCAGGUUUCCUUUGUCUUCCCGACCUGAUUCAGUUCACAGCACAACGUCCAGUAGUGACUCGCAUGACAGUGAAGAGAAUUAUGUACCUAUGAAUCCAAACCAGUCCAGUGAUGACCCAGUUUUGUUUGGCAGUAGUAGUCUUGAUGGAGGAAGCAGUCCUAUGGUGAAACCUAAAGGUGAUAAACAAGUGGAGUAUUUAGACCUGGACCUAGAUUCUGGAAAAUCUACCCCACCUCGCAAGACAAAGAACAGUGGUUCAGGCAACAGUGUGGCUGAUGAAAGAGUUGAUUAUGUUGUAGUUGACCAACAAAAAACACUAGCACUGAAGAGCACACGGGAAGCUUGGACUGAUGGAAGGCAAUCUACAGAAUCUGAAACACCAACAAAAAGUGUAAAAUAAAAACCCCCUCUGUCUUCUAUUCAUCCUCCUUAAAUGUUUGUAAAACAGCUGUAGUGACACCAUGAAUCGACAAAACAGCACUGGACAAUUCUUGAAUGAAUACAUUUUCAAAAAUA